ACCCCUGCAUCCCCGCGCGGCUCCCGGGUGCUCGUCCCCCCCGCGGAGCGUCCCCGCCGCCCAUGGCCGAGGUGGUGGAGCCCGACCCCGGCGCGGCCGAGGACCCGGAGGCCCAGGCCCUGGAGACGCCGGCGUGGAAGGCGCCCGAGGACGCGGGCACCCAGCCCGGAAGUUACGAGAUCCGACACUAUGGACCGGCCAAGUGGGUCAGCACCUCGGUUGAGUCUAUGGACUGGGAUUCUGCCAUCCAGACAGGUUUUACCAGACUGCACGGCUACAUUCAAGGCAGGAACGACAAAGAGAUGAAAAUAAAGAUGACAGCUCCAGUGACGAGCUACGUGGAGCCGGGGGCCGGGCCCUUCAGCCAGUCUACCAUUACCGUUUCCCUGUAUAUCCCUUCUGAGCAGCAAUCUGAUCCGCCCAGGCCCUCGGAGUCAGAUGUCUUCAUUGAAGACAGGGCCGGGAUGACUGUGUUUGUACGGUCUUUUGAUGGAUUCUCUAGUGCCCAAAAGAAUCAAGAACAACUUCUGACUUUAGCAAGCAUUUUGAGGGAAGAAGGAAAAGUUUUCGACGAAAAGGUUUACUACACUGCAGGCUACAACAGUCCUUUCAAAUUGCUUAACAGAAAGAAUGAAGUGUGGCUGAUCCAGAAAAGUGAACCCUCCCCCUCGGAGGAAAAUGAAUGAGAAAAUGAAAGGUUCCAUCGCAGAAGCUGAGCUUAAUAGAGACAUCAGCCUACCUAGAUGUAAAGUGUAUGUUUAGUCCCUCUACCUGAACGCGCUGCUAUGAAUUAAGCUUGUUUCCAAUGUGCCUUGGAAUGCUGGAUGCUUUAUCUAGAUACACAUAUCAGGAC